AUGCAAAAUAAUCCCGUAGCUUUUCAAGAUGCUGUAACACGUGCUCAACAAGUAGCACAAAGAUUGGCAGCAUCAGCACCAAAUGCUAGUAAAAAUUCUUCAUUGAAACGAUCCAAUACUGAAGAAGAUAGUUCAACAAAACGUCCAGCGAUUACAUCUCCAACGGAAACAUAUCCUAUGUCAGCACCUGUAUUACGUGCACAACAAAUAGCACAACAAAUUAAUUCACAAUUAGGUGUAAAAACAUCAAAUGAUUCAAAUUCAUUACCACUUGCAAAUCAAUUAACAUUUCAAGAAGAUUAUAAAAUUCCUGAUAAAUUUGUUGGUCUUAUUAUUGGUAAAGGUGGUGAACAAAUAAUUCGACUUCAAGCUGAAAGUGGUUGUAAAGUACAAAUAUGUCAAUUACGACCAGAACCUUUACCUGGUGGUCCUAAUCCUCCUGAUCGUUUAGCAAAUUUAUGUGGUACAAGAGACGCUGUUGAACGAGCUAAGCGUAUUAUGGAUGAUAUUAUAGCAAGAGGAAAAAUGGCUGACGGUAGCUCAACAAAUAUUAAUCCAUAUUCCAUGGGAGGAACAAAUACUAAAACAAUUGAUGUUAUGUUACCAUCAGCUAAAUGUGGUUUAGUUAUUGGUAAAGGUGGUGAAAAUAUCAAGCGAGUGUCUGAAGAAUUCGGUGUUAAAAUGUAUGUUGUUCAAGAUUCAGCAGAUGUUGAUGGUAUUGAACAUAAACCAUUAAGAAUUAUAGGUGAAUCUGAUCGUGUAGAACGUGCUAAACAAUAUGUACUCGAUUCAUUAUCAAAAUCAGGUGGUUUGCCUAAUCCAGCUAAUCGUCUUAAUACCAAUCAAAAUAGCACAACGUCAUUAAAUGAUGCAAAUUCACGAAUGGGGAAUACACCGAUGACUGGUCCAUGUAAUGAAGCAAUUUAUCAUGUACCGUAUGAUAAAGCUGGGCUUAUUAUAGGCAAAGGUGGUGAAAGUAUUAAAGAAAUAAAUCGUAGAUCAGGAGCUUUUGUUGAACUUGAUAAAAGUCAUGUUUCAACAGCAGGAAAUUCAACUGACAGAGUAUUUAAAUUACGUGGUACACCUGAACAAAUAGUUACAGCACAGCAAUUAAUGUAUGAAAAAGUUUUAAAUGGUCCUGGUGGUUCUGGUGAUAUGUUAACACCAAUACAAUUUCAACAACAAUUUAAUUUACCAUUAGUCGGAACGAAUUCAAUCGACACAUGGAAUACUAGUAAUGAUCAAUAUGGUAAUAGUACAAAUAGUAAUGAUCCUUAUAGCCAAUGGGCAAAUGUUUAUGGACAAUGGCCACAAUUAAAUUCCUAUAAUCAAAGUGCAUCAAAUAAUAAUGAUAAUUCAUCAACAUCAAAAACUGCUGGUUCAGACAUGGGACAAAUGGAUCCAACUUGGUUAGCUUAUUAUCAACAAAUGAAUUAUUACAGUAUGAUGCAAUCAAGUAUGACAGGUAAUACAUCGGCUAGUACGACUACAACAAAAUCAACAGAUUCAACACUAAAUACAAGUAGUACUAAUAAUUCUACAGCAACAACAAUAAAUCCAGUCACCGGACAACCAGAUUACAGUCAGCAAUGGAUUGAAUAUUAUCGAUCAAUUGGACAAAAUGAAAUGGCUGAUGAAAUCGCUCGACAAAUGAAAGCGUCUAGUUCAAAUACAGCAUCCACAACUACAACCAAUACACCUUCAACUAAUUCAGUUACAAAUGCAGCACAAGCAACAGCUACGGCUACAAUGAUGUCUUCGGGUAAUGCUUGGGCUGCUUAUGCUCAGCAAUGGGCUGAAGCGGCAGCAGCGGCAAAUACUACAAAUGGUGUGAAUUCGUCAACAAAAUCUUCUUCUUAA